CAGGAUGGACGGAGGAAAGAGAGAAAGAAAAGAAAUCGGGCCAGAGGGACAGACUAGCUGUACGUCGUUUGGGGACGAAGGAACACAGAUGAGGGGAUACUACUGUAGAGAGGUACAAGGGAGAGAAAAUUAAGUAUCGGUAACUCUGCACGCGAAUAUGGCCUGUCUGUUGUCGACUAAAUUGUGUACGGAAUAGGGAGAAGCUAGGAAAGUAAGGGAUGACCGCUCCAGAUCCGUUAAGCCAUCUAUUUCUGUUGGAUGUGAACGGCAGCGGCAGCUCAUACCAGGUGAACAAGUUCAUUUGCAGCAAGAACCCAGCACACCUUCCAAGAAUGGAUGAUUCUCUCUCUUUGACACCGUUGCCUCAAGUCCACCGCAUUGCCAAAACUCGGUUGGACACACGGCCGGCCCCGUCUCCUCGGCUUUCUUUCGGGGCUUCCGGGCUGUUUGUCACCAAUGAGAAGGACAGUACACAAUGUUUAGGGAUCUACAUUUAUGAAUGCAAAUCCACAGUGGUACCUAGAGCUAAAUGCGAUCACAAAGAAAAUUCAGGUCCAGAUGCGAUAGGAAACGAGCCUCAAGUCAUUCCUCUCUGGGUUCUUCAGACCUCCGUGGCGAACCAGGCGUCCGCGCAUGCAAUUCCUAUAAAGUCGGCGGAAGCAAAUUGCGUGCUUUUUCCAACAACUGCAACCUCUCGCUGCGACGGCUUGAAGCAGUACUAAACUGUCGUCCGCAACUCUGCGCCAGAUCUCCAACGCAAAGGGUAAAGGACGAGGGGGACCAAGUAACGCUGUCGCGCCCAAUUAAG